AUGGCCGACAGCGAGCAUGCCGCCAUGGCCGACUCGCCAGAGACGGCGCGAUCAAGAGAUAAAGUCCACCACACAGUGACAGCAUGUGUGAGAUGCAGACAGCGAAAGACAAGAUGCGACCCAACUUUACCCCGUUGCGAGCCCUGCGAGCGGACCAACGCCCACUGCGAGUAUUAUGACUCGAGCAAAAAUCGGUCCAUACCACGAACCUACAUCACCUCUCUGCAAGAGACAGUCCGUCGGUUGAACGAAGAACUCAAAGCAUUGGAAAACGAGGAGGAUUAUGAACCUGACCACGAGUCUAUGGCGCGGGCGGCUGGCCUCGUGAAAUUCAGUGAGAACGAUGAAUGCCGCUUCUUGGGCCCUUCGAGCGGAAUCGCCAUCACGCGCUUCGUGAUGGAGUUUGCGAAACAGAAUGCGGCCCGGAGAACAAUCAAAGAGAUCGUACCGCAUAAGGCCGCUCAGGAAAUCAAGGAAAAGUUCGACGCCGAAAGUGAGAAGCCUACUUCAAAGGUAUAUCCGUUGAUAAGCUCGGUGGCCGCCCCAGACCUCCCGACUCGUGAUCUGAUGGACCGCCUGGUCGAGAUAUACAUGGUCAAGGCUCAGUAUAUGCUCCCACUCCUCCAUGAGCCUUCUUUUCAUCGAGAUUUGCAAGCCGUUUAUAACGGGUCCGACGAUCCGACUCUGAACUUUCAAGUUCGCCUUGUCACUGCAAUCAGUAUGCAGAAACUCGACAAACAGUAUGCUGGGCUUGCCGACAGCUACUACCUUGCUGCCUUGCCCUACCUCACAGGAGCCGUGCAAAAGAUGGAUCUGUCGACGCUACAAUGUUUUGCACUCAUUGCACAAUAUUCGCUGCUUACACCCACGAGAACAGCAGCAUACUGGGUGGUUGGAAUUGCGGCGAAGUUGUGCCAGGACCUUGGGCUAUGCGAGGAAGAGACUAUUCACAAGCCGCCUUCUGGUGCACGACCGAACGCUCUGGAAGUCGACAUGAGGCGAAGGCUAUUCUGGAUCAUAACAUCGAUGGAAUACGGCCUGUCUCACAGUCUCGGAAGGCCUAGCGCCUUUGGGGUCACCGUCGACAAUAUCAAUGUCAACUUUUUCGAGCUUUGCGAUGAUCGCUUCAUCAGCGCCGACGGCUUGCUGUCUGGACAUCAUCCAAUAAUGAAGAAGUGUAUUUCAAUUCAUUUCUUCAAAAUGAGAUUGUUGCAGGCCGAGAUCAGGCGGACUUUGUAUCUUCGAAGACGCGAUACACCCACACAAGAUACCGACCCAUGGUUUCAUCAGAUGUUGCAGAAAAUCGACGACUGGGUUCGAGAUUGUCCGAAGAAUGACGAAGGCUCUGGGCUGAGUGAAGCCUGGUUCAUCGGUCGCAAGAAUACAAUGAUAGUCUUUAUGUAUCGGCCUUCGCCUCAAAUUCCCAGUCCAUCACUCGAUGCAGCCCACAAAUGCUAUGCCGCGGCAAUAUUCAAUAUACAGCUCCAGAAGCGCCAAGUGGAAGCACAUCUGAUCGACAUCACCUGGAUCUUCACUCAAGCAAUUUUCAUGGCUCUUAAUACGGUCCUCUGGUGUCUGUCGUACCCUGGCAUCAGGCAGCAGCAUCCGAUCGAGGAAGUUCAAUUGCAUAUUCAAGAUGCACUCAAAGCAAUCGAGCUAUGUGCGGAUCGCUGGCCAGGUGUCCGAUCUGCCGAGCAACUCUACGAGAAUCUUGUCCUCGGCUGCUUGAAAGCCUACGAAGCGGAUAAGAAUUCCGAGUCCCCAGCGGCUUCCGACUAUGUAAGCACGGCGACACAAGAUGUCAGCUCUUCGACGUCCCAGUUCGCCAACAGCCCUGCCAGUACUGCAAACACGUCACUGUACGGUGCUCAAUCGCCACAGUCCAUUCACAGUGUGCAAACUCAAGCCGGUGGUCACAACUUCCAGAAAGCCGUCAGCGGCUUCAUCGACCACACUAAGCAGGCGUACCACCAUCAGCCUGAUAUAGUCCCAACGACGUCUCAGCCUCAAAACCUCGGCCCACAAUACAUGCCAACCACAGUGCCGCGCCUCGAUAUUCAAUCUAUGCAUUAUAGCCUGCCUGGCUUCGACCCACAAAAUGCGGCAAACUAUAUCCCCACAACCUCCUCAGGUUCGAGCCCGUGGACAUCUGGCCCCAUGUUGCCUGGUAUCAUUCCUGGGCUUACCGGUUCGCCAAACAUGAAUUAUGAUGAUCUACCUUAUUUGGCACCUUUUGGUCAAGAAUAUUCGCGGUACAUGCAGCAGUCAUACCCGUCUACAUAUCAGAUGCAAUCCCUCAGCCAGCAGCAACAGAUGGAGUUGAUGGCAUCCCUGGAGAGAAGUCAGCUACCAGAUGUGUCGAAUCUGGUUAGCGAUGCUACAACUUUCUACAGUGCCCAACUGCCCUGA